ACGCGAGUGGCGGUAUGAAUCUUUACAAAUAACAUAUAUAUAUUUUUAAAUAUCAUCUUAAAUGUCAUCUUUUCGUACUGCAUACAGUUAUAUAACGUUAGAUGUGAUCGUUUCGUUGUUGUUUCUGUUCUAGCCAUUGUUUCUGUUCGCUCGAUUUGCGUUGUUGGUGCUGUCCACUACGAACAGAUACUGCGACCGUUCAGUUACACACGCACAAUAUAACCUUCGUAUUGCUUAAAUAAUAAUGUUUGAUUUGUACGUCAAUAAAUAACUGGGUUUGGGGAAACUGAAACUGUUUUAGGACGCUGAGAGAUGCAGAAUGUCUGCAAAAGGAGCAAAAGCGCCAUCUUCAGGCCAGAAGGAGACUCCCAUGAUCCCUGGUGGCCAGGAUCCACUUCAGCAGAACUUUGCAGAGACCCUGCCAACAGAAAUGAGUGUGAGGAUCUUCAGCGAGCUGGACAUCAGGAGUUUGUGCCGUGCCUCGCUCACCUGCAGACAGUGGAAUGACAUAAUCGAGGGCAGCGAUCACCUGUGGAGGAGCCACUGUCUUACGGUGCUGGCUGUUUGCCUGAGGGAAGUGAAUGGGGACAGGCUUGAUGGAUGUUCGUGGAAGGUUACUCUUGUGCGUAACUACAGGAAAGGCUGCGUAAAGAGGAGGUGGCUGAAGGGGCGGUACAGUAACAUCCGCUCUGCCGAUGAUAUCCCGCCCAACAGCAUGUGUCCCCUGGACGUGGAGACCUGGGGAGAGAUACUAGAGGCGGAACUGGAGAGAUAGAGCUAAAAGACUUUUGGGAUCAUGCCAACAGGCUGUCGACAACGGAGCAUUUUGACUGAAACACUUGCCGGAUCAUUUUAUAAUCAGUGUUGCCAAAAACACAUAGACUGAGGUGGUUAGAAAACAUGAUAAUGUGGCUUUUGUAACGAAAAAUGUUUGAUUUAUUACUGAAAUUUGCUUGAGACUGUAUGGGAAUCUGAUGGAAUUGUUUUAUAGCUAGAACAGAGAGAGAUCUUUUCUUCACACUUUUUAUUGAUCAACAAAAUUGUGCACCUUUUGAUUUUUUAAGUUUUCAUUUCAUAAUCAGUGUUGCAAAAAAGCACAAAGACUGUGGCGGUCAGAAUACAUGAUAAAGUGGCUUUUGUAAUGGAAAAUUUUAGUUGUAUUACUGAAAUUUGCUUGAGACUGUAUGGAAAAUUAAGUUUUAUAGGUUUCAUCUGAUGGAACUGUUUUAACGUUUUGGGAGCUUCUUUAUAGAUCAACAAAAUUGUGCACCUUUCAAAAUUCUCAUCUCCAAAAGUGUUUUGCCUUAAAUCAUGCAACUAUUAUUUUAUAAAAGUUAAUAUAUUAUUAUUUAAAAUCA